UGGAUGGUUGGAUAUGUGGAUGGACUGUAUGACCAGAGCCGUAUGGAAUAUUUUUUUCUUUUUCAGUCACACACUCACAGUCAUCAUCAUCAACAUCACCAUCAUCGUCACCGCCAUCAUCAUCAUCACCACCAGAAGCAGCAGCAGCAGCAGAAACAAAAGCAGCCAGCGCAGCACUGAUCCAAACCUGUCUCUAAACACAUGAUGGAAAUCUGCGACUGGAGGCGGAAAACGCCGGGAUGCUCAGUGCGAUCUGAUUCCCGAUGACUUCCAUCUUCACAUGUUCCAUUUGAGAUGCGCAGCAGACGGAGACUUGUGAGCGGAGUUGCUGCUGCAGGGUGCCGCAUUGCCCGGCCGCUUCUUGGCGUGAUGAUAGUGUAGUGUAGUGUAGACUAACGGCGGGGUUUUGAUGCUGAUCGCUGAUUUUAUUUAUUUAUUUGCGCCUUUUAUGUGGGUUGAUGUGGAUGAACGAAGGGCUUUUUGUCUGAAGUCGGAUACAAGAUCCAGAUCCUUUAGGCUACAUGUGCGUUUUGGACCACGAUCGAUUAAAAUGACCGGAUGAAUGUACAACAAAUUCGUGGUUUAUUUAUUCUUUCUUUCUUUCUUUCUUUCUUUCUUUCUUUUUAACCACCAAAAAAGGCAUCCUGUUUACCGGUGACGGUCAAAUUUGGGGGAAAUAAUUUGUGUGCGUGUGUGAGUGUGUGUGUGUGUGUGGUCUCUCAGGACAGGAUCUAAAGUGGUGAUUUUAUUUAGGACACAGCCACAGAUCCCAGGAUAUCACUUGUGAUUUUGCUCGGUGUCGGUAAGUGUGCCGGCGCGAUGACUCAUUUACAGGCGGGUCUGUCCGCCGAGACGCUGGAGAAGGCCAAGGCGGAGCUGAAGGAGAACCCUGACACCUUGCACCAGGACAUCCAGGAGGUGCGGGACAUGAUCAUUACGCGGCCCGACAUCGGCUUCUUGCGCACGGACGACGCCUUUAUUCUGCGCUUCCUGCGCGCCCGGAAGUUCAACCACUUCGAGGCGUUCCGUCUGCUCGCUCAGUACUUCGAGUACCGGCAGCAGAACCUGGACAUGUUCAAGAACCUGAAGGCCACAGAGCCUGGCAUCAAACAGGCCCUCAAGGACGGUUUCCCCGGGGUGCUGUCUAACCUGGACCGACACGGGAGGAAGAUCCUGGUCCUGUUCGCUGCCAACUGGGACCAGAGCAGGUACACCUUUGUGGAUAUACUGAGAGCCAUUUUGUUGUCACUGGAGGCCAUGAUCGAAGACCCAGAGCUUCAAGUUAAUGGAUUUGUGUUGAUCAUCGACUGGAGUAAUUUCACAUUUAAGCAAGCUUCUAAACUCACUCCAAGCAUGCUGAGAUUGGCCAUCGAGGGCUUACAGGACAGCUUCCCAGCCAGGUUUGGAGGCAUCCAUUUUGUCAACCAGCCGUGGUACAUCCAUGCUCUGUAUACGGUCAUCCGACCCUUCUUGAAGGACAAAACAAGAAAAAGGAUCUUUAUGCAUGGGAAUAAUCUGAAUAGUCUACACCAGCUGAUCGUGCCGGAGAUUCUGCCCUCUGAGUUGGGUGGUAUGAUGCCCCCCUAUGACAUGGGCACGUGGGCCAGGACUCUGCUUGACCACGCCUAUGAUGAGGAGACUGACUACUGCCCCGAGUCCUAUACCCUUUCUGUCAAAGACCUGGAAAAAGACCUGUCCCCGAAAAGCAUGAAACGAUCCCAGUCUGUGGUGGAGCCUGGAGUUCUUAAACGGCCAGAAAAAAUCAAAAGCGAGGAGGAGAACAUGCAGCCGCUGCUUUCGCUGGACUAAAAAGGCUUCAUUUUUGUUUCUCCUAGCAAUGAGCAAGCAUUAAGGCCUGAACACUGGGGAAGAAGAUCACCCAGUUCCCACAACUGGAGUAAAAAAAAAAAAUGUACAAAAAUGUGAUGAAAGAUAUGUAAGAUGUGCAAAGCAUCUGAGACGGCGUUAAAAGGGAUAUUUUUUAAUCAAACAGCUAAUGGAAGACAUCCAUAUGUAAUUGUUAAGUGCCAAUUUAAACCUGUAAAUACACUUCAGCUGUAAGCGUAGGAUUCGGGAACUAAUUGUGACAUGAAUACAAAUGUAAAGACUGCUGUGAAUAUUCUGUAUGUGCUUCAUGUAGUAAGAGCGGUGUUGUAGGGCACUGAUGGCUUUUCAUAUUUCGGUUUUCCAAAUCACCAAGUGCAAAGCUCAGGAUUUAUGGUCAUGAUUAGAACGUAAAAUAGAGAGGCGUAUGGCUAUUAAACACGUCGUACAAAUAUAUAAUGCUUUCAUUAGAGUAAAUAUUGAACAUUCAGUGUUCAGGUUUUAGUCUAUUGACUUUGCAAAAACCCCUUUACGCUGCAGCAAGGCAUAAUGGAUUACAGUUUUUUCGAAGACAUUAUUUCAGCACAGUCUGAGCUUUGCCAUUAGAGUAGGAGAAGACUGCUUAUAGCUUAGAGGGUUUAUUGAUUUAUUUAAUAAUUUUUUUUUUCUUUAAUUUUCAAGACAUUUCCCAUCUUUAUUCCUGUCAAGAUGCUUAAUGAAAGACUCAUGAUGCCUACAAAUCUUUCAUUUUUAGCUAGGUAUAUAGGCAUAUAGGUUUAUGUUUCUUCUAAUCAAAUAUAUAUAAAAAAAGAAAAAGAUAAGUAUUGGCUUCGUUGUUAUAGGCCAGCAUUAAUAUAUGUAGUGUAUUGUGCUCACCUGACAGCGAUGAAUCGUUGUUUCUAUUGAUUAGAUCUCUUAACAUUAGGUAAGAAAUGUGACACUGAAGAAGCGAUUUCUAAAACCAAGGAAAGUAACAUGACAGGAACAACACUUAACCAGUGGAUAUUGGCUUUUCAGUGCGGUCAGCGCAAUAAGGUUCUUUCAUGGCAUUAUUUUAUUUGUUGCAUUUUCUGGCAAGUUUAUAUUCAUAGUUAGACUGAGGAGUGCAUUCAAGCUACAUUUUUGGACAAAAAAAAGUUCCAUCUAGUACUGUUGAAGGUUUUAUGUGUAAAAACGUACAACAAAGGGGUUCCCUUUAUAAUUUCAUGCGCUGAGUGGAUUGAGAUUGGUUUUAUUUUUUUGUUGUUUUUAAAAAAAAUAGAUCUACUAUCUAAAAGAUACAAAAGAUAACAAUCUAAAGGCGUCUUGAAGAACCCUGUUGUGAACCCUAUAGUCUACACCUUUAAGCCCAAUCAGGGAAGGAUUACAUUUACAUGGGAUGCUGGGGUAAUUUCCUGCUCCUCUGUGACUUUAUUUCCAUCCAGAUUGGCCAUGUCUGUGUUUUUCUCCAUCCUACUCUGAGAAAAUGACCAAAUACUAUUUUCUGCCAAUAUCAGAGGUCGUCUCAUCAUUUUAGUCCUGUCCAGAUGUAAAUGUCUGUGAUUUUAUAUGCAGAGGUCGCCUCGCAUUGGAAAAAAAAAGAUUUUUGACUGCUGCUACUUGCUGUAUUCAGUCUAUUAGAGGACAUAUUAGUGAAUCUCCCCAAGAUAUUAAACACUUCUCGAGAUAUGAAAAGAAUGGAUGCUUCUCAAAUACUUUGUGAUUAUUGUUUUAUUGUAUUUUCAAAUUGUUGCUGGAACUUUGGUUCGCCCCAAACUGAAAUAAGAGCCAGCACCUCUUCUCUAUUCCAGUGCCUCUUCGACUGCUUGGAGGUCAUGUUGUGAAUGGAGUGAAUUAUCACAUGGCCGUGUGAUGCAAACAUCCUGGUUCAUAGUAAAUACAACCCACUAGAGACUCACUCCUCCUGUGGUAAUUUUAUUGCUGUCUGGAUGUGAGAUUUUUUUUUUAUCACUGAGGAGACGUGCAAAAAAUUUAUUACUGACAUGCCCCUGAUAAACUAAUUCAAUCCGAUUAGGGCUUUUCAAUUUUUUUUAAAACAAUUUUAAUGCACUAAAGGGUUCUUUGGUUUGUCUCUUUGGGGAAACUCCUCAUUGUUCUAUAUAAAAUCAUACAUCAAAGGGUUUCCCUGCCUAAAGAUACCGUGAGGAAUCCUAGUUUCUAAGAAUGCACACUUUAAAAUUAAUUUAGUUCUCCAACUUUUUUUUUUUAUAUAAUCAGGGACCCCUUUAACUCUAAAAUAACUUCCACCGACACUCAGUACAGAUUUGAUUAAGGAACGUUAUUUAAAUAUGUACAGUGUAAUUUUGUCUAUUUAUUUGCGCUAUAAAGCAUUCCUGAACUUUCUACUGACAGAACACAUUAUUUAUGUGCUAUAUGUUUGGAUUACACCACACCAAUUCAAAUGACCAGCCAAACUGACAAAUAUGUAGAAGAACUCAAUUAGAAAUAUGGUAACAUUGAUUAUGGUUGGCUGUGAUUAACUACAUUAAAAAAUCACAGACCCUGACUAUGCUUCAUUGACCAUACUUUGAGAACAACUGCAUUAAAGGGUUAUUUGGUUUUGACCCAUUGGGGAAAUUCUUAAAUGUUCUUCAUAAAACCCUAUAAUAAAGGGUUUCUCUUUCAAGGAAAGGUUCUAAGUAGAACGUUUUAAGAACACUAUAGCUAUUACCCAUUUAAAGAACCAUUGAGGAAAUCUUAUGUGAAUUAAAUUUUGCUCAUUUUUACAGUUCACUUUUGGGUAACUACAGUAAAUAAUAGAGCGUCUCAGCAUAAUGAUUUGGACUAUCCAUGAAACGGAUACUAAAUAUGUUCCCACUUCUGCAGAAGUUUCUGGGAUUGCUGGUUGGUUUUCUCUAAUUGAUUAAAAAUAAGCAGGACUCACCUAAUUGUGUAACUUCUUUGGCAUUACAUUUUUAAAGUUUUUAAUUUGGUUUCUUCACUUAAAAAUGUAAAGCUAAUUUGAAGUUAAUAAAAUUUUGGUAUGCUUGUUUGUAUCUUUUUUUUUGUGAUAGUCCUGGCCCUGGAGUUCCGCGUUUUCCCUGAAGACGGUAUAAGCCUUUGGUUCUUAGAUGAUUCAUGUGUUGCUGAAACUCAGAAAUGGAAACUGGAUCACUGAAUACUGCAUAUUCAAUAAGAAAAAAUGAUGAAUGAUAAAACACUGUUUGCUUUACCUGCUCGUUUCAUGCAUCUUCAAAAUCUGAUCAAUUUGUAAAACCAGCUUCUGGUAGCUUCUGCAACCAGCUUGUUGUGUUGUUUGCUUUCAGUUGUUUUAUAUUAAAAACAAAUAAUAAAUGUUCCUUCAAAAUGUUAAUUAAGACAUCGACUUUGGCAGUUAUAGACCUUGAGCAUUAUGGCGUAAUGUAUUAGGAUAGGGUUUGAUUGGUAACUGUGACUUGGACAGAUGGCUACAUUUACACUUGCAUCAAAAAUGACUAUAAUGCUUCUCAGACCACUUGAAAUGGUUUGAACACGUCUUUACAUGCUGUAUAUGCAUUUUAACGGAGAUAAUCUCUAUCAAGAUAUAAAUUCUGGAUAUAAAUUGGGGAUCACAGCUAAGAAUGUUUGAUGCAAGUUAAAUGCAGCAAACUUGCAUAGACAAAUUUGACUUCAAUUUAGGCCAAGCCAUGUACGUAGGUUUUAACUUUUGCAUGUAAGACUUUUGAUUAGAGUAUUAUAAGCCUACAGUCAUAUUCUGGUGAAUGCUUGGCAUAAAAAAGUAUGAAUUUUUUCUGAUAAAUGUCAUAUUACUCUUUUGUUUUCUAAUCUAUAGCCAGGUAGUAUUAUCUCCUGUCUUGUUUCCUGUUAAAAUGUGGAAUAUUUGUACCAAGAAAGUAAAGUUUCUUGGAUAUGGAUUCUCAUAUGGUGCUGUAAAGUAUUCAGUAAAGCAUUCAGUACUAGUAUCACUGUCAGAACCAGUGGUUUAAGAUAUCGCUAAGUUGGCAUUUAUACUUUAACUCAUGCACCAGGCUAG